AUGGCCUCUCCCGAAACCGGCUCCUUAUUCAGUUUACUGGGCCACAUUGUCCUAGAGAAUGAUUCUAUGGAUGAGACAUCAACUAGGGUUGCUUGGCAUUCGCAGCUCCAAAAUGGCUGCAAGAAUGUUUAUUCUUCGGAGUAUGCAAAAAUGAAGGGCUCUGUGGCCGAAGACUUGCACAACCGCAAGAUGACAUACCCUAUCGUGCUAGCAUUAGAUGCACCUGACGGACAUUGGGAGACUGGGGCCUUGGAAUCUCCGUCGCCCGCAAUAUUCGCAAUGCGAUGA